AUGAAACCCUUCGAAAUUGAUGUUAGCUAUAUCCGAGCAAAGGAUGUUAAGCGUCCUCUUGUCGAAACCUACACUGCACCUGUAGCUGUAUGCCACGCCAUGGACGUGCGGGAAUAUGAAAUGAGGGAAUUCGAUUUCAUUAAGGGUAAAAAAGUAUUAAUUGCCAAACAGCGCGGUCGAAUUCACGCUUUAGGCAGUUUAUGUCCUCACGCCAACGCUCCGCUGGUAAAGGGUGUUUUGGGCGAGGGACGUAUACGCUGUCCAUGGCAUGGAUCCUGUUUCAACUUAGAAACCGGAGAUAUUGAAGAUUAUCCGGGAGUCAACUCGUUACCUCGCUAUAAAGUGGAUGUAGAAAGAGGCGGUUUAGUCAUGGUGCGUGCAAGAGUACAAGAUGUUCCGAGUUCAGGGCGCAUGCAAAAAAUGGUUAAACGUGAUCUAGAAAACCCCCUUGUGUAUCUUAUAAUCGGCGGUGGGAUCGCUGCUCAAAUGUGUGCCGCAACUUUGCGUAAAGAAGGCUUUACGGGCAGAAUUUUAAUGAUAUGUAAAGAACCACAUUUGCCUUACAAUCGCACGAAUCUAACAAAGUAUCCGAAUGCCAAAAUGAAACAGAUGCAAUUCCGCCCAAAAGAAUUUUAUGAUGAGUAUAAUAUCGAAAUGCUUUUGGAUACUGAAGCUGUUAAAGCAAAUAUGGAAGAGAAAACAAUAACAACAUCUGACGACGUCCGAUUCUUUUAUAACAAAAUGUUAAUUGCCACCGGCAGCAGUGCAAGAAAGCCAUCUAUUAAAGGUAUCGAUUUAAAAAACGUGUUUACUCUACGCGAUUAUGAAGAUUGGGAGCAUAUAAGAGAAGCGUCAAAAGCUAAGAACGUUGUUUGCAUAGGCUCCAGCUACAUUGUAUUGGAGGUAGCACAAAACAUAAUAUCUUACGCACACACAAAGGUAACAAUUGUGGCUCGCAGUCAAGUCCCCAUGCUAGCUGUAUUCGGCUUAACAAUUGGCGAACGUAUUUUGAAAUUAUUCAGGGACAAUAUGAUUACAAUGCUUAUGCAGACUACAGUUACAGAAGUUGAAGGCGAUGCCGAUGGUAAUGUAAUACAACUCACGUUGAGCGACGGUCAACAAUUGCCAUGUCAGUGUUUGAUAAUUGGAGCUGGUGUACGUUGCAACACAGACUUCUUAGUUGGCUCCGGUUUGCCAAUUAACGCUAAUGGUUCAAUUGAAGCUGAUAUGUAUUUGAAAACUUUAUUCGAUGAUGUGUAUGUUGGUGGCGACCUUGCCCAUGCACCCGUACAUUCUGAUAAUAAUCGCUGCUCCGCCAUUGGUCACGAGCAAAUAGCCCAAUAUCAUGGCCGCGUAGCUGCCAUAAAUAUGGCCGGUUCAAGGCUAGUAGAUUUGCGUACUGUGCCGUUUUAUACAACAAGUCUCUUUAAGAUCGAUUUUCGCUGUGCGGGCAUUGGUCGCUACUCGGAUAUUGUCUUUGAGGGUGAUGUCGGCACUUUUAAUUUUGUUGCCUACUAUCUAGACAAUCUCGACAAAGUCAUCUCGAUAGUUGCUUGCAAUCGUGAUCCAAUUGUGUCACAAUUUGCCGAACUGAGAAGCCAAGGCAGAAUUCUGAGACGACACGAUCUUUUAGAUGUAAAAAAACCAUGGACGGCUCGUUUGAAAGGACCAAUAAAAUGCUAUUGA